UAUAACUCCUUAAUUACCUCCCACAAAAACUUUAACGUUUUUCCCAAAAGUUUGGAUCAAAAGGGUUUCAUCAGAAGAAAAAGUAUGAAACUCCUCCUUGUGUUCUUGAUGGUUCACACCAUCUUUAUCCCAUGCUUUUCCUUUGAUCUACUGGGAAAGGAUCAUCCUUUAACCCUAGAUUAUUACAAGUCUACUUGUCCGACCGUGUUUGACGUCAUCAAGAAAGAAAUGGAAUGCAUAGUGAAGGAAGAUCCUAGAAAUGCAGCUAUACUUAUUCGUUUACACUUCCACGACUGCUUUGUCCAAGGAUGCGAUGGAUCGGUGUUGCUAGACGAAACAGAGUCUCUAAAGGGAGAGAAGAAAGCUUCUCCGAACAUAAACUCAUUGAAAGGAUACAAAAUUGUAGACAGAAUAAAAAACAUAAUCGAAUCUGAAUGUCCUGGAGUUGUUUCCUGCGCUGAUCUUCUCACAAUCAGUGCUAGAGAUGCUACAAUCCUGGUGGGUGGGCCUUACUGGGAUGUUCCUGUGGGAAGAAAAGAUUCAAAAUCAGCAAGCUACGCGCUUGCUACAACAAACCUCCCAACUCCAGAAGAGGCUUUGAUCAGCAUCAUCGCUAAAUUCUAUGCUCAGGGUCUCUCUGUUGAAGACAUGGUCGCUCUUAUAGGAGCUCACACGAUCGGAAUGGCACAAUGUCGGAACUUUCGAUCAAGGAUCUAUGGAGAUUUUCAAGUGACGUCAGCCCUAAAUCCGAUUUCGGAGACGUACUUGUCAAGUCUCAAAAAGAUGUGCCCCUCGAACAGCGGUGAAGGUGAUACCAAUGUAACGGCAAUAGACAACGUGACGCCAAAUCUCUUCGAUAACUCGAUCUACCACACGCUGCUAAGAGGAGAAGGGUUGUUGAACUCGGACCAGGCUAUGUACACGAGCAUGUUCGGGAUACAAACGCGGCGCAUAGUGAGCAAGUAUGCGGAGGAUCCAUUGGCUUUCUUCGAGCAAUUCUCGAAGUCGAUGGUGAAGAUGGGGAACAUUUUGAACUCUGAAAGCUUUGCUGAUGGAGAAGUUAGAAGAAAUUGCAGAUUCGUGAAUACAUGAACAAAACAAAACAGUGGAGGAAGAAACUAUCUCCGAUAAUUUAUUUAUUUAAGAAAAAAAAUGAAACCAAUCUUAUUCUUCUUCUUAUGUCUAUUAAAUAUAUAUAUAUAUAGGGUUCUUGAAUGUUUAAAAAGAGCUUCCUCUGAUACAGUAUCUUCUAAAGAUUUUUAAAUGAUUUAUCAAUUAAA